GCACUAAGAAUUAGGGUUUUGCACAUUUAAAAAGGGCAAAACUAAGCAAAGCAGAAAGAUCCCGUCGUCGCAGGCGCAGAGUAGAGCAGCACAGAAGAGGGAAAACGGCACCGCCGCCGUAGAAGAAAACAACCAUGGUGCACGUCUCCUUUUACAGGAACUAUGGGAAGACAUUCAAGAAGCCGCGUCGUCCGUACGAGAAGGAGCGUCUCGACGCGGAGCUGAAGCUGGUUGGUGAGUACGGGCUUCGGUGCAAGAGAGAGCUGUGGAGGGUGCAGUACGCGCUCAGCCGCAUCCGCAACAACGCGCGGAACCUCCUCACCCUCGACGAGAAGAACCCGCGCCGGAUCUUCGAGGGAGAGGCGCUGCUCCGAAGGAUGUUCCGUUACGGUCUCCUCGAUGAGACACAGAACAAGCUUGAUUACGUCCUCGCCCUCACCGUCGAGAACUUUCUCGAGCGCCGCCUCCAGACCCUUGUUUUCAAGUCCGGCAUGGCCAAGUCCAUCCACCAUGCUAGGGUUCUUAUCAAGCAGAGACAUAUCAGGGUUGGUAGGCAAGUGGUGAACAUCCCAUCUUUCUUGGUAAGGGUUGACUCACAGAAGCACAUUGACUUCUCACUUACAAGUCCCCUUGGUGGUGGUCGCCCUGGAAGAGUGAAGAGAAGAAACCAAAGGGCUGCUGCUAAGAAGGCCGCAGGUGGAGAUGGAGAUGAGGAAGACGAGGAUUAAACUGUUAAUCAUGUCUUUCUCUAGUGCUAUUAGACCUUAUGCCACCUUUUACUUUGCGUACCUAGUUUAUUGUUUUUUUUAUUGUUAUACAUUUUCAUCCUUCCGUUCCUUGUUUGAGAUAAUAUUGAGUGACAUUAUGUUUUUGUGAACUUAGAUAUUUUAAAGUAUUUAAGAUUUUCAUUAAAUAAUUUUGAUGGUCGUUGAUUG